ACUCCGGAGACCGCGCAUUCCGCUGGAUGGGCCUCGCGCGCUGCUUUUGCUGGCUGCAGCGAGAGGGGAAGAGGCGCUUGGGGUCCCGUUCCUUUGGUGCAACGAUGCCGGUGGAUUUGAGCGGCUGGGGGGGCUCCUUGAGCCUCCCCGAGGUGGAGGAGAAGCCGGUGCAUCCUCUGCGGGUCCGCUACGGGGCGGUGGAAAUCGAGGAGCUCGGCCAAGUGCUUACCCCGACCCAGGUCAAGAACCGGCCAACCCACAUGGAGUGGGAAAAUUGCAGCCCAGAUAAAUUCUACACUUUGGUUCUUACCGAUCCGGAUGCUCCGAGCAGGAAAAACCCCAAGUUCAGGGAGUGGCACCACUUCUUGGUGACCAACAUGAAAGGCAAUGAUAUCAGCAGUGGGCGUGUUUUGUCAGAUUAUGUUGGAUCUGGUCCUCCUAAAGGAACGGGGCUCCAUCGCUAUGUCUGGCUGGUUUACGAGCAGCCGCAGCAGCUGAAUUGCAACGAGCCCAUCCUGAGCAACUGCUCAGGGGACAAGCGUGGCAACUUCCAAGUGUUGUCCUUCCGCAAGAAAUACAAGCUGGGUCCCCCCAUUGCGGGCACGUGCUACCAAGCCGAGUGGGAUGACUACGUGCCCAAACUCUACGAGCAGCUGUCUGGGAAAUAAAAUCUCUUGGUGCCUUGCCCCGGUUCCCCUUUCUUGGAAAAUCUCCCAUUAGGAUAAAUGGCUAGAACAGAUACCCUGGUUUACUCCAGAUGCAUUGCUGAAAAGGAAUCAGUAACAUGGCUGCACCGCCUGUUAGUUGGGAAUAGGGAGCUGCACAAGUUGGAUUUCUGACAACACAGGUUUGUGGCAAAACACAGGGCCCAUGCAGUGCUUGGCGUUCAUUUUGGACCUUGCUUUCAGGAUACACAGGAGCGCACGCCCAACCCCUGUGGUGCAUUAAAGCAGCUGUGUCUGCUGCGUGGGGAGCCUUCUGGUGCAGCUGCACAUUUCAGAGAAUGUGGCUGUUGUAAUGGGUGGCGGAUAAACCUUCGUGCUGCUGCAUGUUCCAGAUCACCCUUUUUAAAUCUGAUUCAGAGCAUGGCACAGCCCUAAAAGGUUCAUGGCUCUCUUCAAGGCCGAGGAAGCGGGGCAAGAUGAUUUUUGACUGUUUCGAUUUGAUUCCCUAACUUUGCUUGAGAUCCCACUCUCAUGCUGACUUGUCCAAAUCCCCAUGAUUUUCCUUAAAUUGAUGCUAGAUUAACAACGUCAGUGUGAUGAGUAACAACAUUGAGAUGCUAGGUGGAAUAUCUCUGAUGGUGGUACUCCAUGAUUUACAACAUUGCAAUUAUUAAAAUGGACGAGCAGGAUUCCAUUGCAAGGGAGUGGCUGGCCUUGUGAACCAAAAUGAAAAACUGGUCUUUUUUAAUCAGAGUUUACGGGCCCUCUGUUUAACCAGCAGCCUCUAUUGUUUUAAAAGUUGUUUCCCUGCAGCUGAAUGGUAUGUUGUGUUGCUAAGCUAGAUAGGCUUCAGUCCUGAGAAUAGGGAACCCCUAUUUUCUGUAACCAUCUAGACAUCGGAGCAAACUUGGCUGGCUGUGAGGGGAAUUGCACAACCACGUUGCAUGAAAUGGGGUCCAAGUGUGAAGGAUUUUGUGCAGAAUGCCCUAAACUGCAUUCCUCUAGAGACAGCGGAAUGACAAUUUACAGGAUUUCUAGCCAGCAUGGAAUUGUAGUCCCAAUGCAUCUGGAAGGUGCCAGAUAGAUUGGGAUAUCAUAAAACUGGAAAAUAAACAUCUUACCAUAAGUGGAGGUCAAGUUGGUUUCCCGCGGUUUCCAACUAAAAUUCUGUAAUCCCUGUUUGCAGUGAUUUUCCAUUAAAGAGGAACUGGGCUGUGGUUCCACAAUUGUCAUACCUGACCUUUUAGUCUGUUUAAAUUUUGAUUAUCUUGAUGAACUUCUCUGCUCUUACUGGAUAUCAGAGUUCUCAUGACUGCCCUAGAAGGCCAUGAUUGCUCAAGUUCAUUUGUCUCUUUCAGUCCCGUUUUACAGAUAACAUUUCUGGAUGUAAUUCUUUUCCCCUCUAAGUUGCUGUUAAAUAGGAUAUAUAGCAAGUCUUGAAUGUCCUCUGAUCUUCAUAUUUAAUAUGCCGAUUCACCAGUAUUGUAGCUGUCUGUUGACAAAGGGUGUCUUUAUGGAUUUGUUUUGUUCUCGUUAAGAGCUUUCAAUUAAAAAUGAGGGUUACCUUCA